CUGGGAUGGGGGACCUGUAAGAGGGGACCGUCGUUGAUAAGGAAACUAAACUGCAUCAGGCUGGGGAGAGGAGGAGGAGGACGAUGGCCUUGGAGACAGUGCGAGUGGUGGUACGCUGCAGACCCAGCAACAGCCGAGAGAGGGACCUGAACUGUAAGGUGGUAGUGUCCAUGGACUCUGCCCGCGGCCAGUGUUUUAUUCAGAAACCCGGGGUCCUCGGAGAGCCGCCCAAACAGUUCACUUUCGACGGUGUCUAUUACAUAGAGAGUACCACGGAGCAACUGUACAACGAGAUCGCCUAUCCGCUGGUGGAGGGUGUCACUGAAGGCUACAAUGGAACAAUAUUUGCCUAUGGACAAACAGGAAGCGGGAAGUCAUUCACCAUGCAAGGCAUUUCUCAUCCAACUUCGCAACGAGGAGUUAUUCCCAGGGCUUUUGAACAUAUAUUUGAGAGUAUCCAGUGUACAGAAAAUACAAAGUUCCUGGUGAGGGCUUCAUAUUUGGAAAUUUACAAUGAAGAGAUCCGAGACCUUCUGGGCAAAGACACUAAACAGAAGCUGGAGCUCAAGGAGCAUCCAGAGAAAGGCAUUUAUGUGAAGGAUCUAUCCAUGCACACUGUGCACAGUGUAUCAGAGUGUGAGAAAAUCAUGGAUAUUGGCUGGGGCAAUCGAGCUGUGGGAUACACCCUCAUGAAUAAAGACUCAUCACGUUCACAUUCUAUAUUCACCAUACACUUGGAGAUGUGCUCAAUAGAUGAUAAUGGAAAAGACCGCAUCCGUGUGGGAAAAUUAAACCUGGUAGAUUUGGCAGGUAGUGAAAGACAGGCAAAAACUGGAGCGACUGGAGAUCGAUUGAAAGAAGCCACAAAAAUCAACUUGUCACUGUCAGCACUUGGAAAUGUAAUUUCUGCACUUGUGGAUGGAAGAUCAAAACACAUUCCAUAUCGUGACUCCAAACUGACGCGAAUGUUACAGGAUUCCCUUGGAGGCAACACCAAAACUCUGAUGGUGGCAUGUCUAUCUCCUGCAGACAAUAACUAUGAUGAAAGUCUUAGCACUUUACGAUAUGCCAACAGGGCAAAGAAUAUCAAAAACAAGCCAAGAAUUAAUGAAGAUCCAAAGGAUGCUUUACUUCGAGAGUAUCAGGAAGAGAUUAAACAGCUAAAGGCACUCCUAGCUGGACAACUCGGAAAUGACAACUUAUCUAAUUUUCUAAAUAAAGUGCAAAGGGAUCGUAGUCAAACCACUGUUCCAUCCCCUCAGAAUACCAAUGCUCAUGCUGAGAUAGAGCUUGAAAAAGAAAAUAUGAGACAGGAAUAUGAGCAGAAAUUAUCAAAGAUCAAGGCAGAUUAUGAAGCAGAACAAAAGUCCAAUGUCAAACUGCAAGAAGAUAUUGAAAAAUUAAGAAGUUCAUAUGAAAUGAAAUUGGCACGCAUUGAGGCUUCAGAUAAGGCCACAGAUGCACCUGAAUUUGAAGAAAGAGCCUCUGCCCAGGAGAUAACUCAGCCAUUUAAUGUUGAACUAGCAGAUGUAUGUGAAAUAGAACAGAAGCUAGAGAUUGCCACGUUAAUUGAAAUAGAGCCUGAAAUAGCCACACACGAAAGCAGCAAGAAAGCGACACCAAUUAAUGAAGAGCAAAGCUCUCCAUUAGAUAUGCAACUCCUAAAGGAAGAAACCAUGGCUGAAUGUUCUCCAUGUGGUUCAACACCCACCACCUUGGAUCAGGAGGAAGUGCUUGCAAGACUGAAGAUGUUGGAGAAUGAGGUUGUAGGUGGAGAACAGGCCAAAAAUACAGAGCUGAAGGAGAAACGGAAACGACGUAAGAAGUAUGCAGAUGAACGAAAGAAUCAACUUGCAGAAGCACUGAAGCAUACAGAUAGGGAUGAUCCUGCUAUCUUGAUCAACGUGUACGAAUCUAUUCAGGAUGAAGUUCGAGCAAAAAGCAAAAACAUUGAAAACUUGCAAAGAAAGCUGAAAGUUGCAGAGAUAGAGAUCUCUGAUCUUCAAUCUGAAUUUGAAUUUGAACGUAUCGACUACCUGUCUACUAUAAGGAAGCAGGAACGGGAAAAUAUUUUGCUGCAGCAAGUCCUAGAAAGAAUCCAGCCAUUGAUUCGACGUGAGUGUAAUUACAGCAACAUUGACAAAAUAAAACGGGAAAGUGUUUGGGAUGAAGAAAGUGGUUGCUGGAAAUUACCGGAAACAGUUCUUCAAAAGAUCACGCUUCCUUCCGAGGAUCCCGCUUGUUCAGGUAUCCUGUGCCCACAGAGGCUGAUAGCCAGGUUCAAUAGUAGUAAUCAAUUAUCUGAUUAUUUUAAAAAGAAAGCAGAAGAAGACCGUUAUAGGCAAAUGCUGAACCGCAGUGAUAGUGAAAAUAUUGCCAACAACUAUUUCAGGUCAAAGCGUGCUAGUCAGAUCCUGAAUACAGACCCUGCACGAAGCCUCUUGCACAACUCCACAUCUGUACAUAAUGUAUCUCUUAACAAUGGAUCUUCUUCCCAUGCUGUCUCCAACUUGAACACAGUGUCUCCUACCCAGCCUCCUGAAAUGCCCACGCCAAGGCCAUUUCGCCUGGAAUCUUUGGAACUUCGUGUGCCCUCAGCCAAAACCAAACGCAAGAAAAGCAAAAGCAGUUCUUUCAUGGACAUUGCCUGA